AUGAAUGCCGAACUUAGAACAUUGUCAUUGGUAGCGCUUGGCAGCUCAGUCGUUUGUGGUUUAGGCCUUGGUUUGGCCUACAGCUAUUUUUACCGUAAAAAACUGGGCAAGAGAGGUGCAGUCAAGUCCUUGUAUAUUCACCCGGUUAAAUCAUGCGCUGGAAUCAAAUUAGAGCGAGUUGAGAUCACGAAAAUCGGCGUGCUACUGGAUAGGUAUGUAGCUUGUACGUUUGCAGGUGUAAACGUUUACAGAGCAGUGGCGGCGCCAGGGGGGGGCAAGGGGGGGGCAAAUGCCCCCCCAAAUUAUUUUUUGCCCCCCCAUUUUGCCCCCCCUCAAAAAAAAUUAUUAGUCACUAAGAGCGACUAAAGGCUACACAAGUGUUCUGUCAUUAUCGGAAAAUGUAUGGCUUAUAAGUUGUCAUUACUCAUUUGUGAAUGCGCGUAUACAUGAAACUGUUUUUUACAGUUUCAAUAUUAGUUUGUAAAUCUCUGAAUGGUAAAACUUGCCAAUACUCCAAUAAUACGUUCCAAAAAAAGACAAAAAAGCUUUAGUUUGGCAGAGUUAAAUUCUCAAACGUGUAAGGCAAUAAUAAGAUGAAAGUAUCACGAAAUUAUUUGAAUAAACCACAUCGCAUAUAUGGGGGGCGAUAUUCCUAGGGUAUUCGCCCCACCUCCCUGGGAGACGAUAUUCCUAGGAUAUUCGCCACGUUUUGAGGGGGGGGGGGCGAAUUUCCUGGGGGGCCACCUUUUUAAAAAUUCGAUCUUGCCCCCCCCAAAAUUUGAGUUUGCCCCUCAAAUGCCCCCCCAAAUUUGGAAGCCUGGCGCCGCCACUGUUACAGAGUGUGGUAAAGGUAAUUUUCUUGAAGCACGAAUUAACAUUUUUAUUCCCGUGAAACAUUUUUGGAACUAUUCAAUCGAAGCUGUUUAGAGAAAGAGGGAAAAUAGCAAACCACCAACCAUCUCUUUAACUUACUCGCACUGAACCAUAUAUAAACUGGACAAUUUCCGUGCAUGCAGUUUACACCGUUUUAUAGCUAGAAGGGUUUAGAAUUGAUAGAAUAUGAGUUUCCUAGCUCCUGGAUACUUAAAUAUAAUAUAAAAGGCUUAAGUUUAUGAGAUCCCGUUUGAGAUCACAAUCUCAAAUCGUUACGACCUAUACACUGUACCAGUGUAUAGGUCGUAACGAUUGAUAUACAAGCAGAAUUUCGACGUUUCGAGCGAAGACCCUUCGUUGUGGCUAUACUAUAUAGAAACUUCCCGACCAUUCGUACUAUGUACGGCCGCCAAGGAAAACUUGACAAUUAAGUGUACAAGAAAUACUUCUAUAAUUUUGGGAAAGAAAAGUUUGUCUUGACGUGACGUGACGUGACGUGACGUGACGUGACAUAUGUUUAACAUCAUUCCGUGUACAUGAGCAACAAAACUUGUCAAGGGAAACUUGUUGACCGUACACACGAGAAAGUAAAACCUUUCAAAGAAAACUUGUUCAUCUGUACACUGUACAGGGCUUAAGGCCCCUAUUUAUCUUUGUUGAAAUCCCCUCAACAACUUCCUCGUGCUAUCAAACUACCCUGCAGUCCCCCGGGGGAUUGGAAGGUUUUUAUGUUACUUCGGUAUAUGCUCUCUAAUAGUAGCCUGCCACGCAGGCUCAAUGAGACUCUAACAGUGACAUGAUUACAUCUUGAACUGCUUCUAUUCAGGUCAUGGGCAUUGUUCAACUCAAAAGGAAUUCUACAGACAAUGCGUCAAUUACCAAGAAUGGCUUUGAUCAAGCCGUCCUUCGAAGGAACAAAAUAUUUAUGUCUUGAUGCUCCUGGUAUGCCGACGCUUAAACUUGACUUGGAUGUCGACGAAAGCAAAGCGAAAAAAAGCAUGCUUGAGUAGGUGAUGUAAAUUGUUAUCCAAAGCCUUUUAGAGACUAUUUUAAUAGUCUAUUAUGAAUUGUUAUUUUUAUAGUCUAUUAAUACUUUAUAUAAUAACGUUAAGAAUUCAAGCGCUUUCAAUGGUCGAGAGCCAUGAUAUCUAUUAGAGGACAGACGCACGGAAUACGUCACAAUUAAGGUAGCCAAUAGCAUUCCCUUAUUUGUACAGAUCAUGUGCGUGUGAUUUGUAAAUUUCGUGUAAGUCAUUUAUGCAUGUCGUGGUCACCACGCUUGUUUUUCGAGCUGGGAAAUCCGGGUUCAAUUCUUGAUCGGGCCUCUACUCAAGGUCUUAAAAUAAUCGAGGAGACAGUGGCAUUGGCCAAUAAAAUAGCAAAGUAAAGCACAUUAUGGCUUAAAAUGUGUUAAACCACAACAUGGCCUAAUAUAUCGCAACUUUUUUUCCCAAUGCAUGGUAGUUUUAUUUGCCAAUCCUGCAAUAAACAAAUCAAAUAUAUUAAAGGGGCACCCUCUCCCUCCAGGAUCACGGUGAAAAACUAUACUUGUCUUGAUUAUAGUAUUUUUGGCGUUCAUGGUGAAGGUUUUGACUGUGGAGAUGAGGUUCACAAGUGGUUUGAUGAGUAUUUGGGAAAAUCUGGCCUUAGAUUGUUCAAUGGACGUAGUGAAUGUUUAAAACGUCGAGAAUUGAAAGACGAUGCUGUCUGGGGAAACUCAGUGCAGCCCGGCGAUAAGGUUAGAAUUGCCGGAUGAUUUCACUUUUAUAGAGGGUCGUCUCCACUUGUGCAUUUAUAUACUAGACAGCUCUACCAGCAGAUCUAAGCAAGCUAUUCUCUCUAGAUGUCGAGUAAGAGCCAUCUAUGUUCAUCACUUUAUUCAGUAUUACAAUUACAUGAUGAGGAAACCGGAGUACCUUGAGAAGACCAGCAUGGUAGUUAGUCUGAUGCAAAAUUAUAAUCAGACAACUGCAGGGACUGCCGCCAUAUUGUAAGAAUCGGACUCUGGUUGCAAAUAGAGGUGAUUUAACUUAUAACAUCCAGGUUACACCAACCUAACUCUGUUUUUAGAUGAUUUACCAAUGUGAUGCUCCAGUCAUGUUGGUAUCCAAGGAGUCGUUAGACGCUGUAAACGAAGAGUUGGAAAACCCAGUUGACAUUCGAGCAUUCCGACCUAACAUCUUUAUUGAAGGUUGCUUCUCAUUUGAAGAAGACUCGUGGCAGUCUGUGCAAAUUGGCAAUGUUCUGUUGAGAAAAUUGCGACAAAAUCCCAGGUCUGCACAUAAUAUGUCCUAAAGCCCUGGUUAACGGCGAGAAUGAGAGUUGAGAAGCGAGAGUUCGCAUGAGAAUUGUUGAGAGUCGAGAAGCGAGAGUUUGCAUAAGAGUUGCAUGAUGAGAGUUGACAAGUGAGAGUUUGCAUAAGAGUAGAGAAGUGAGAGUUUGCAUGAGAGUUGAUGAGAGUCGAGAAGCGACAGUUUGCACGAGAGUUGAUGAGAGUAGAGAAGCGAGAGUUUGCAUGAGAGGUUUCUCAACUCUCAUGCUCUGGUAGGUCGAACGAGAUUGAACAAGAGUUGCAUGAGAGUUGAUAAGAGUCGAUGAGAGUUGGCGAUGAAACGCGAGCAAGACUCUGCAAGAGUUGCCAGUUUCAGCAACUCUCAUCCUGGUAUUGACCACUCUAUCUGAUAACAACACUAUUGUCUCAUUCAGAUGUACAUUAACAACUGUUGACAUGGAUGCUGGUGUGAAACGACAUGAUGGGGAACCGUUUAAGACUCUAAAAAGGUGAUUUACCUCAAUAUUUCUCAAUUUUCAUACAUUGUCAGUCAGUACCACUUCAAUGGUCAGUACUCAGUACUGCGUCAAUCGGUCGGCUGACAGAGUUGUUAACAAGUUUUUAUUUUGCAAGUCCAAGUCGAGUCGAGCCACAAGCCAUUCACUCCGAGUAGCAAGUCAAGUCAAGCCACAAUUAGUCGUUCUGUACUGUUGUUUUCACCAUGAAUUAUAGGGAGUCACCCAUGACAAUUAUAUAUCUGUUUACUAAUGUGGCUAUACAAAUGAGCCAGUCAGUGGACAAAUCGACAGUCAGUUGUCAGUCUGUCAGUGAGCAAUCUGAGUCAGUCAACCAUUCUCUUUUCUCUUAUUCAGAAUACGUGUAUCUAAAAGUGAUGAUCCAAGACAUAGACAGAAGCCUUUGUUUGGAAAUUUCUUUGCUGUCGAUAUUUCUGGGACAAUUCAUGUUGGAGAUGAAGUCACUGUUCUUGCUUAA